UAUGCGACAAAGGGUGUAUGGAACCCGGUGGAGGUCGAGACUCUCUGCACUAUGGACUAGUCGUCAGCUCGCCAUUUCCCCAUCCACGAGGGAUUUGCCCGACCAUUGAUUAAUUAAAAUUAUUCAAGUCAAUCAAUGUGGAUAGACGACCCCUCCUUCGUGCAUGCCACCGACAAUUGUGCCUGUGGUGGUGAGUGUGAGGCUCCCGCGCCGCCGCAAUGUGGCGGUGAAUGGGGGUCGAUCACGCCGAGCACUGGUCAGCCUGCUUCUGCAGGCACAUCUUCCAUGCCAGAUCUAGAUGAUGUCUACUAGUUCCAAGUUCCUGGUUCCUGUUGUCGGCUUGCAUUUUUGCCGCUCGUGAGCAAGCCUAAAUUUAGCUGUCUACUACAGCGCAAAG